GAAAACAAAAACAUUCCAAAAAAAAAAAAGUUCGAAGAAGUUUUUGAACGGAAACCAUUUAGCCCAAAAUUUCUCACUCUUCUCUCUAUAAAUAUUCUCUUCUGAUUAGAAAUUAGAAACCCUUGUUCCAAAAUCGUCGACUUCUGAUUUUCUCUUUCGGGCCCCUUCUUGAUUCCUCCUUUGAAUCUCACUCUGUUUCCUUCUUCUCCGAUUCUUCAUCUCUGAUUUGAGAGUGGGAAUCGUCUUUCUCAACCUGGUUUUCGUUCGCUUCACUACGCUAAAGAAAGAUUCUUUUGAGGAAUCUUCGUUAAUUCGGUAUGCGAGUGGAAGAGGAAGAUAACAUGGGGCCUCGAGGAGACGGGGAAGUGGUACUUGAUACGGCGUCGUCUCAACAGCAGCAGCAGGAGAAACUCGUCAUUGGGUAUGCUUUGACUUCUAAGAAGAAGCAUAGUUUCUUGCAACCCAAGCUUGAAGUUCUUGCUAGGAAGAAAGGCAUAUCCUUUGUUUCCAUUGACCAAGACAAGCCUCUCUCCGAACAAGGGCCGUUUGAUGUCGUUUUGCAUAAGUUACUGGGAAAUGAGUGGCACGAUGUUAUUCAGGAUUACCAGCAAAAGUAUCCAGAAGUGACCGUGCUUGAUCCACCUGGUGCAAUCCAACGAAUAUAUAAUCGACAAUCUAUGCUCCAGGGUCUUGCAGAUUUGAAUCUUGCAGAAUGCGAUGGCAUGAUAUGUGUUCCAAAACAAAUGGUUGUGUUACAAGAUACAACAUCUAGUGCCAAUGAAGUUGCAAAAGCCGGUCUAAAGUUUCCACUAGUUGCAAAGCCACUUUUGGUCGAUGGAACUGCAAAGUCACAUCAGUUGUUCUUAGCCUACGACUGUCUCUCGCUUGCAGAACUAGAACCUCCUUUGGUUCUUCAAGAAUUUGUAAAUCAUGGUGGAGUUCUCUUCAAGGUUUUUGUUGUUGGUGAUGUGAUAAGGGUGGUCCGACGUUUUUCUCUGCCGGAUGUUAGCAAUGUUGAAAAGGAAAAAGUUGCUGGUGUAUUUCAGUUCCCAAGGGUAUCAUCUUCUGCAGCUUCAGUUAACAAAACAGACUUGGAUCCUCGUGUUGCUGAGCUACCUCCAAAGCCAUUACUCGAAGGGCUUGUGAGGGAAUUACGAAACCGAUUGGGACUCAGGUUGUUCAACAUCGACAUGAUUAGAGAACAUGGGAGCCAAGAUGUGUUUUAUGUCAUUGACAUCAACUAUUUUCCUGGGUAUGGAAAGAUACCAGAUUACGAGCAGGUAUUCGUUGAUUUCUUCCUGGGACUGGCGCAAGCAAAGCAUGAGAAGGGACUUUGUGUGAAAAGGUGAAUGGUCGAAAGUGAUAGAAACGCUUGCGUUCUGAAAUAUUGUGUUGAGAUGAUAGCUAUGUACAGAAAACAGCUCUUUCAUUUUCCUAGCAGUAGCAGAUAAAACAAGUAUUGAUUAGUUAUAACAUACAUCUGUGUUUCUCUAUGUCUGUUCUACCAAAUUUCUUGCUCCUGUAAUCAUUCAC